CCAAGUUUGACUCAAUUGACCUUUAGUUUUUCUUUCGCUGGCAGGUUCAGCUGAGCUGAAUCAUAACAGCAUAGAACGACAGGCAUACGUAGACCGUUUAGUCCUCUCAGCUCUUUUCCUCUAUUCAUAAUGAUCUCUUCAACAAUCCGCACUGCGUUUCGUGCGCGACCGCCGCACUUUCGUCGACUUGUUCCAGUGGGCAGGAACAGAAAGAUAUCCCACUCGGUAGCCUCACAAUAUCCUACAAACACUUUAACAUCAAGUCAGGCAAGAGAUGACACUACUCUCGUAGAAACGGAAAAAGUAAAACCAGGUCAUGCUGUCAUUUCCACAUUCGAUUUGUUCAGCAUCGGUGUGGGCCCAAGUAGCUCUCACACAGUUGGGCCCAUGCGCGCUGGCAAGAUUUUUAUUGCUGACCUGCAGGAAUUGCAAGUGCUGGAGAAGGUUAAAACUGUGAAAAUAGUCCUGCAUCACACUCCACAAGCGGUCCUCCUCGGGCUUGAAGGUUCAGACCCUGAAACCAUUGACACGGGAACAAUCUCUUCCCGUUACGAAGCUAUACUCACAAAUAGAAUUCUUCAUCUUGGAG